CGACCGUGACCGCGACUUAGAGCGUAGACCGCAAUCACCACCGAUUUAUCCUACCAAAACCUAAAUACCAAGAUUGGCUUGGUUUCUCGCUAGUAGAAGAUGACUAGAGAGGAAAAUCUAACUCGACAGUCUGCAGAAAUCCGCAAGUUCUUUCGCAUCACACUUCCCAAUAAAGCCGUCGUAUCUCAAUAUUUGAAGGAUGCCAACAAGGAACUUGAGGAAUACGAGGCAGAGAUUAACAGGCUUCAAACCGCGAUAUACGCGGUUGAAAGUAAACGAGAUCGUUUAAAGAGGACGGCGGGUCUCUAUAGGUCGUUAUUAUCACCCAUUCACGCCAUACCUUCCGAAAUUCUCAACUUAAUUUUCGCGUUUUUCUGCGAAGAGAACGAACUCAAUCGAUCACCACUGCCUGCAGCCCUUCGACUAACAAUGGUCUGCGGUCGUUGGAGAGAUAUUGUUGCGUCGACGCCUUCCCUCUGGUCCUCCAUUUUCAUUGAUUUCAAUGGUCUUCUUCCCGAAGACCUUUACGUCCUGAAUCUGCUGACCGAGCGCUUCCUUAAACAAUCGCAACCGGCUCCUUUGCGACUGAAACUGCACCUCUCAGAAGAAGAUAUCCUUGCACAGGCUCUUCCCUCCUUAAAUGCUCUUGUUCAGAACAGUCAUCGGUGGGAAACGCUAGACCUCUCUAUAGCCCGCCACGUCUUCCCGUUCACUCUCUUCGACCGAAUCUGUGGUCGAAUUCCGGCGCUCAGGUCUCUGCAUUUGCACGAACCGGGAGACGGAGGUACAGAUGACUGGAAUGGUUAUCCUCCUCUCAACUGUUUCAAUAGCUGCCCCUCGUUGCAAUACCUCAAUAUCAACCCUUCACUAUUUCCUCCCACCAAACUGCCCUUCCCCUGGGAUCAGAUCAAAACGUUACGGCUCGAACUCGCCUAUAGUGAGAGCGCUUUACCAAUCCUUUCCCUUUGUCACGGAGUAGAGCAUCUGGACGUGUCUGAGGUGGGCGGAGGGGACAUUGAGCCGUACUCCGACCACAUUAUCUCUGAUAGCAUCAAGUCCAUAAGUAUCACCAAAGCGACGACCCAGCUCGACGUGGAUGACAUCUUCAAGUACACAACCCUCAAGCAUGUGUUAUCCUUGGAGAUAAGGGGAUCCCAUCAACCUACUGGAGAGUGGCUAAGAUGGGACGAGACCAUGCUUCACGAUUUCCUGCUUCGCUCAUCAUGCAGUAUCACCGAAUUAACUCUACACUCACUACCAAUUAUCGACACACAGACACUCUCCCUCCUUCACAUGAUGCCUUCACUCCGAUAUCUUUGCCUUGGAGAAAUUCCUCAUCCCACAAACAGGAGGAACAGAAUCAUAACCAGAAGAUUCUUGGAUGGCCUUGCUGUCAAUGCUUCCCUCAGCUCACCUUCCUCCAUCCCAUUCCUACCUCAUCUUACCAAGCUAAAGUUCAUCCUCCAUGCGGCCGGUAUCAGCUCGAGAUCUCUACUACAGAUGUUGUCAUCCCGAUGGAUCCCUGAUCCAAAACACGCCGCAGAGCUUGGAGUGGAGUGCUUGCGUUCCGCUUCUAUUGUUGUUCUUACGACCGCAGAUACUAAACCCCUGGAGCGUCUGCAGUGUUUUGGCCAUGCAGGAAUGAAUUUGACGAUAAUAUACGGGAGCGCCUCAGACCUUUACCCGAUGACUGAUGAGUCGGGUCCGUCGGACUCCGAAGCUAAAGAUGGAGAAAACGAAUGAGAGGGAGGGGGUCCGGUCUUGACCCUUCCGAGCAAUCAUUAAUCAUCUCCCACCACGCUGCUGUCGUUAACCUUCUUUUACUUUUACUUUCGACUGGGGAUGAGACGUCAAGUCUAGGCUCAUCCUACAUCACCAACUUAUACCAUAUACUAUGCUCGCUGACAUUCUUAAGUAAUGGUUGAUAUUUCUUUGUGGCGCCGAUUCUCAUAAAAUGCCCCUUGCAUGCUGU